AUGCCAAAGGGUGCCCGGGAUGGGCACGCACCGGUGGCCACAGGCGCCCGCUGCCAUGUGCCCGCGGCAGGUGGUGAUGCCACACAGCGCCCAGUGCCCGCUGGAUGCCAACAGGGAACACCGGGAGGCCCCACAGCCAACGCCGAGGGGUGCCCGCGGCCGGCACCGCGGGGUGGACGUCGAUGGGCACCGCAGGGGAUGCGGCCGCUCCAGCGGGCGCCAGGGACGGUGGCACGUCCCGCGCCUGCCCCUUUGCCGAAUCCAGGAGCUGCGGAGACCCGGAGACACCAGCCCGCCCCGGCCCCGGGGCAGCUCCCUCCCAGACCUCCGUCCGACCUUCCCCGCGGCCCGGCCCCCUCGCUGCCUCCCACCCGAUCCCCGCGUUCCCGUUACCUGCGGGCGGGCGGCCCGUGGGGCAGGAGCCGCCCCCAGGAGCCGGGGCAGCCCCGCAUCCCGGCGCGGCGGGCGAGCCUCGGCCGGCACGAACCGGUUGUAACUCGGGCGGGGGAGGAGCCGCCGGGGGCCGCCACCGCCUCCGCCCGCAGCCCCGGGGCGGGGGGGCGGCCCCGACCCCCGCCCCUCCGGGGGCGGCCGCUCCGCUCGCACUCACCUCCGCCGCGGACCAUGCCUUCGUCCCGCUCCCGCUCCUGCGCCGCGGGCAGACCGCGGCCACGCCGCCUGCCCCCGCCCCGCGCUCUCCGGGGCGAGGCGGACGCGGGUCCCCGGCCGAGGGUCGUGCCCAGCCCGGCCCCGGGCGGGAGCCGCCCCCGCUGCCCGCGGUGUCCCGCCCGCCGGCUGCCCCCGCCCGGCCCCACCGCCACCCUCGGCGAGGGCCUGGUCCCCAGGCACGGUGACCCCCUACCGCCAUCCCCUGCUCCGGGCAGUCGCCCGCCCGCGCCGAGGCCCGGGAGGCACCGCAGCACCGGGCUGCCCCGGGCACAGCCGCGGGGACUAAAGGCAGCGGAGCCGCCGCAGGACGGGGAUGGGCGCUGCCUCCCCGCCGCCACCGAUGCCAAAAGGCCGCAAACUUGCGCUGCAGACAGCGAUGCAGCCCACGUGCAGCACUGCAACCCCAGCCUGCCAGCUCGGGGGAGAGACCACUCACCUGUGGGGCAGCGCAUCCGCUGCCUUUAG